AUUGUUCAAAAACAAAUUCUUGUCAAGAUAAAACGCUUUGCAAUCAAAGCCGAAUAUCUCGUGUCUUUCAUAUUUCAUUACAUAUAUUUUAUCAUAUUUUGUACACAGUAUUUUUUACACAUUGCGAAAAUUCUCGUGCUGUAUUCUCAUCAACUCAAGUUAUCGAUCUGUGUAGAUACCAAUAUCCCAUGUGCGUGUAGAUCAGCAUCGCAAGAAUCGUUGUUGAUAAAUCGGGUCGUGCGAGCAGUCCGUUGAUUGAGUCUGAUUAAGCCGCGUACCUAUCAGUCCACGAACAAAAUGGGGAACGUGCAUGCCUAUUCCGCGCCGCCACCACCAAGCCCACCGCCACCCCAAAAGAAAAUCCUGCCGCCGUUGACCGAAGAGGUGGAAAACCCCGGACCUCUCGAGGAGAUCCACUCCAAAUGCAAAAAUAUAUUUCCGACAUGUUUCGAUGGGGCGCGUAUUAUGCUUACGCGGGGGCUGAGCAAUCACUUUCAAAUAUCGCACACAAUAAAUAUGAGCUCAGUAACACCGAGUGGGUACCGCUUUGGCGCUACCUAUGUUGGCACAAAGCAGCUAUCACCCAGUGAAGCAUACCCCAUAAUGCUGGGUGAUAUUGAUCCCACUGGUAAUUUGAAUGCAACCAUCAUCCAUCAACUUCGACCAGCGCUUCAGGCCAAAUUCGGCGCACAGGUACAAAAUGGCAAAUUUACUGUUGGUCAGCUUUCCAUGAAUUAUAAAGGCUGUGAUUAUACUGCCAGUAUGACUGUGGCUAAUCCAGAUAUUAUCAAUAGCUCUGGGGUGGUUGUUUUGCAUUAUCUCCAGGCUAUUACUAGUCGUUUGGCAUUAGGCACUGAAUUGGCAUACCAAAAAGGACCUUCUAUACCUGGUGGAGAAAUUGCUCUUCUUAGUCUUGCUGCAAAGUAUGCCACAGAUGACUACCAAUGUUCUGGAACAUUAGGAGUCUCUGGCAUUCAUUUGUGUUAUUAUCAGAAGGCCAGCAAACAACUACAAAUUGGUGUGGAACUUGAAGCCAACCAUAGGAUGCAAGAGGCCGUUGCAUCGAUAGGUUAUCAAGUAGACUUGCCGAAGAGCGAUGUGGUUUUCAAAGGCCAUGUUGAUUCAAAUUGGACUGUCGGCGCUGUUUUGGAGAAAAAAUUGAAUCCGCUGCCAUUCACACUUGCGUUGAGCGGACUGUUAAAUCACAACAAGGGUCACUUCCGUUUGGGUGUCGGAAUUAUUAUCGGAUAAGUCAUUGUGUGUGUCUUUUAGUAAAAAUAAGCUAGUUUAAACAUCAUAACUGAAACACGAAAUUGAACAUCCAGACGCAGAUGUACUGUAACUACUAUUAUAUCAUUCAUGACCAUGUUUUUGGUUUUCGAAGAUGAUUCCUACAAAUGCUAUGCAUUCUUAGUGCCACCUUUCUUUUGUACAUAACGACCAGCAGCUGCAAUAUUCAGGAAGAACUAAUUAAAAUGAAACGUAUUGAAGGUAAUGUGUUCGACUUGUAUAUAAUUAUAGAAAAAGCAAUUGUCCGACAAAUGUCGCCAAAUGGAAGUAUUUCCUCGUAAUUUGCAACCAAUGAUAACAAAAGCAUGUUUUUUGUUGAAAACGUUUUAUUUAAUUGUAUUAUUUUUGAGGGUGCCGCGCUGUCUGGACAACCUCUAGCGUGUUUACACUACCGUUUAACUAUAUUAUAAAGUGUAAAUAUGAGCUGGAUUAUAAUCAAAGUAUAAUUGAAGACGCGCAUCGCUACUGGUUAUUAAUAUGUGAAUCGCCAAGCAAAUCGGAAAUGUAAUGUGACUACUGUAACAAAGUGCUUUUUGUUUUUGGCGACUCUGAUAUCAAUAAGACAUUUAUCAGCUGACAUUUUACAAAUUUCGUUAAACGCAUUUUUUUCUGUUUGUUAGUAAACUGAACAAAUAAUUAGUUCGAAUGCAUUUAAAUAAUUAUAUAUAUAAGGAACAACAAAAAAUAUUACCAAAAGCGGAUUGUUUCACAAUUACCCAGUGUGAUGCAUAUUUUUCCAUCAUGAUUCAAUCAUAAAACAUCGUUUCACUCUUUAAAUUUGAUUAAAUAAAUUGUUGACAUAA